AGAGAUGGCCUUGUAUGGUAAAGCAGCCCCAUACACCACAGGAAAACACGGAGUAUUAAAAGAUAAUGAGGAGGAAGUGCCAGCAGCUCUGACCUGAGAAACCAUCCUGGGAAUAUGUGGCUACUCCUGCUACUGUUGGCUCUUCUUCUGCCCUCCAGGAAUGAGGCAGGGGAGAUCAUUGGGGGCCAUGAAGCCAAGCCUCACUCUCGUCCCUACAUGGCGUUUCUUCGGAUCCAGACUCCAGAGACAAAAACAUGUGGGGGCUUCCUUGUGCAGAAAGACUUUGUGAUGACAGCAGCUCACUGCUGGGGAAACUCAAUAAAUGUCAUCCUGGGAGCCCACAACAUCAAAGAGAAGGAAAAGACCCAACAGCACAUCCCCGUGAGAAGAGCCAUCCCCUACAAAACCUACAAUAACAAGAAUUAUUCCAAUGACAUCAUGUUACUGCAGCUGAAGAGAAAAGCCCACUUGAGUACGGUGGUGAGCAUCCUCAGGCUACCCCAGAAGACAGUGUGGGUGAACCCAGGGCAGGUGUGUAGUGUGGCUGGCUGGGGGCGCAUCAAAGUGAACAAGACCACAGUCAAACUGCAUGAGGUAGAGCUUGAAGUCCAAAAGGAUGAAAAAUGCAUCUCUCAUUACAAAAACCUUUACAACAGUGCCACCCAGAUUUGUGUGGGGGACCCGAAAAAGAGCAAAUCUUCUUUUAAGGGGGAUUCUGGGGGUCCCCUCAUAUGUAACAAUGUGGCCCAGGGCAUCGUCUCCUUUGGAAAUAGAGAGGGGAAACCUCCACGCGUCUACACCAGGAUCUCGAGCUAUCUAAGCUGGAUAAAAAAAACAAUGAGAGACUUCAAACUGCAGGGAACAGACUAAGGUGCCUCUAGGGUUGGUCUGUCCAUCUUCUCUGGAGCAGAGCUACAUGGGAUGGGAGAAAAGAGAAAGAGGGACAGGGAAGUGGUGUGGGGGCUGACAGGGCCUUAAUAAACUUCAUCUCUAGAGUAACAUAAUUGAUUCUUUAUUCAUUGAACAGCAUGCAAUAGGUGACAACUGUGUGUCCAUCAGCCAUCUGUUCACAUUUAUAUACUUUCCCCUUCAGCAUACCCCUUCCCACCUCUAGAAUAAAAAAAGUAAUGCUGUGUUAAUACCCAGCUCCUCUCAAAUGCACCUUCCCAGGGCCUGGUCUCCCUGCCAGGCUGAGUCUAAGCUCCUCCAGUAAAAGGCAGACACUGCCUCUGGAAAAGAUGGCCCUCUCUAGACAAACCUCUUAUCUUGAUCAUAUCGCCUCUUACCUCAUUCCACCCUGCACACCUCUGUCCUACCCAUCUCCCAGUACCAGCUGACAAAAAAGGAAAAGUAUCCAGAUUUGAAAAGGGGAUCACCUUAAAGGACCCAGGUAGAGGGCCACUUCCCUACGCUAUGGGCAGGGAAACAGGUGAAGGCAUUUAGAAAGGUAUAGCUCUCUCAGUGUGAGGCAUUGGUGCUUCAGUAGUAGAACUCUUACCUUUCAUGCAGGAGACUUUUGUUUGACUUCCAGCAAAAGCACAGCCACCACCCAUCUGUAGACCACCACCCAUCUGUAAAGGGAGGCUUGCAUGUUGCUAUGAUGCUGAACAGAUGCCAACAGAGCCUCUGGACUAAGACAUACUGGAAGAAAGGCCUGGCAAUCUACUCCUAAAAAUCAGCCAAUGAAAACUUUAUGGAUCGCAAUGGUCUGAUCAGCAGCUGAUCCUGGGGAUGGCAACUAAUCGUAGGGUUGCCAUGAGCCAAGGCUGACACGGCAGCUAACAAUAACAAUAACACCCUAUGCAGGGCUGCCUCCCCACAUAUGAACAGCUGGCAGAUUGAAAGCUGAAAUUUCUUAGAAGCUGAAAGUUCCAGGAAGGCCCUUCAGUACCCUUAGGCCCCGCUGAGGUGUCUGUCUCAGCCCUGUCUUGGGCCCAAAACCCAGUGCAGGCUCUGGUCUCCAGGCGGCCCAUCCUCCUGUAGCCCUGAGUGACCAGCAAGGUACUCUUUCAUCUUGGUCUGGGCCAGCCUCUCCUUCACCUCCCACAAUUCAGACUCCCAGAGUCCUGUGAGGUCCCAGCAGGCAUUCUUCUCUGUGCUAUUCCUCUCAGGUAGAUUUGGGCUGCAAGCCCAUCUUCUGCUUUGUCCAUGGGGGACAGGAAAGGCAAGAUGUGUUCCCAGAUCUCAAGGCUAUACUUUUCACCUGGGCAAGGUAUGUCAGCCCUUCUCAUCCAGACAAUGCCCUUCUUGGGCUCUGAGUCCAGCAACUGAUAGGUCCUUUAGCAGCCUGAGCCCCCUGGGCUAUAACAACUUCUUAAGUAAGACAG